CAGACCUGGCUCCCUGGAUCUGGGGAGGUGCCAAGGGCUUCUCCAACUGAAGACCUUUCCAGCAGCUGCCCAAAGUCUUUCUUCCCCACAGUUUCUGGGAGGGCAGGCGUGAUGACCAGAUCCCCAUUCCUGGAACUGUGGUCACCCAAGGCCGUGUCCAUCCGUGAGCAUCUGGGUCUUGGGGAUAAGCCCAAUGAAUCCUACUGCUACAACUCAGCCAAAAAUAGCACUGUGCUCCAGGGGGUCACCUUUGGUGGUAUCCCCACUGUUCUGCUCAUAGACGUCAGCUGUUUUCUGUUUUUAAUCUUGGUGUUUUCCAUCAUAAGAAGAAGAUUCUGGGAUUAUGGCCGCAUUGCCCUGGUGUCAGAUGCCAGCAGUGAGUCAAGAUUCCAGAGAUUGUCUUCGGUUUCUUCAGGGCAACAAGACUUUGAACAUGAGCUGGGAUGCUGCCCUUGGCUGACCGCCAUCUUCCGCCUGCACGAUGACCAGAUCCUGGAGUGGUGUGGGGAGGACGCCAUCCACUAUCUGUCCUUCCAGAGACACAUCAUCUUUCUGCUGGUGGCGGUCAGCUUCUUGUCCCUGUGCGUCAUCCUGCCUGUCAACCUCUCAGGAGACUUGCUGGACAAAGACCCUUACAGUUUUGGGAGGACGACCAUAGCAAACCUGCAGACCAACAAUGACCUCCUCUGGCUGCACACUGUCUUUUCCGUCAUCUACCUCUUCCUCACUGUGGGUUUCAUGUGGCACCACACACGGUCCAUCAGGUACAAAGAGGAGAGCCUGGUGAAACAGACCCUGUUCAUCACAGGACUGCCCAGAGAAGCCAGAAAGGAGAUGGUGGAAAGUCACUUCCGGGAUGCAUAUCCCACGUGUGAGGUGGUGGACGUGCAGCUGUGUUACAGUGUGGCCAGGCUGAUGUACCUGUGCAGAGAGAGAAAGAAGACGGAGAAAAGCCUGACCUACUACACCAACCUGCAGGCCAAGACAGGCCAGCUGACGCUCAUUAACCCCAAGCCCUGUGGCCAGUUCUGCUGCUGUGAAGUGCAGGGCUGUGAGCGGGAGGAUGCCAUCUCUUACUACACACGCCUGAACGACAGACUGUUGGAGAGGAUCUCCGCUGAGGAGUGCCUGGUCCAGGACCAACCCCUGGGAAUGGCCUUCGUCACCUUCCGGGAGAACUCCAUGGCUACCUACAUCAUGAAAGACUUCAAUGCCUGCAAGUGCCAGGGCCUUUGGUGCAGAGGUGAGCCCCAGCCGUCCUCCUAUAGCAGAGAGCUCUGCGUCUCCAAGUGGACCGUCACCUUUGCCUCUUAUCCGGAGGACGUUUGCUGGAAGAACCUCUCCAUCCAGGGCCUCCGCUGGUGGCUCCAGUGGCUUGGCAUCAACUUCACCCUGUUUGUGGUGCUGUUUUUCCUGACCACACCCUCCAUCAUUCUGUCUACCAUGGACAAGUUCAAUGUCACCAAACCCAUCCAUGCGCUAAAUAACCCAGUCAUCAGUCAGUUCUUCCCCACCCUCCUGCUGUGGUCCUUCUCAGCCCUGCUCCCUUCCAUUGUCUACUAUUCCACACUGCUGGAGUCUCACUGGACCAGGUCAGGAGAGAACCGGACCAUGAUGUCCAAGAUCUACAUAUUCUUGAUCUUCAUGGUGCUGAUCCUGCCCUCCCUUGGUCUCACCAGCCUGGACUUUUUCUUCCGGUGGCUUUUUGAUAAAACGUCUUCUGAGGCCUCCAUCAGGUUGGAGUGCGUCUUCCUGCCCGACCAGGGCGCCUUCUUUGUGAACUACGUCAUUGCCUCGGCCUUCAUCGGCAAUGGCAUGGAGCUGCUGCGGCUGCCCGGCCUCAUCCUCUACACCGUCCGCAUGAUCAUGGCCAAGACGGCUGCCGACCGCAGGAACGUUAAGCAGAACCAGGCCUUUGAAUACGAGUUUGGAGCCAUGUACGCGUGGAUGCUGUGCGUCUUCACCGUCAUCAUGGCCUACAGCAUCACUUGCCCCAUUAUUGCGCCAUUUGGCCUCAUCUACAUCCUGCUGAAGCACAUGGUGGACCGGCACAACCUCUACUUUGCCUACCUCCCAGCCAAGUUGGAGAAGAGGAUCCAUUUUGCGGCUGUGAACCAGGCCCUGGCCGCCCCCAUUCUCUGCCUCUUCUGGCUCUUCUUCUUCUCCUUCCUGCGCCUGGGGUUGAAGGCUCCUUCCACCCUGUUCACCUUCCUGGUGGUGCUGCUCACCAUUCUGGCCUGCCUCAUCUACACCUGCUUCGGAUGCUUCCGGCACCUCAGCCCUCAGAACUACAAGACAGAAGAAUCAACAAGUGACAAGGGAAGCGAGGCCGAGGCCCACGUACCCCCACCAUUCAUACCCUAUGUGCCUCGAAUUCUGAACGGUCUGGCCUCGGAGAGAACGGCUCUUUCCCCGCAGCAGCAGCAGACCUACGGCGCCAUCCACAACAUCAGCGGCACACUCCCUGGGCAGCAUGUGGCUCAGAACUCUGGGGACAGUGUGGCCACAGCCUACCAGGAGGCCUGAGGAUGGACAAGCUGCUGAUCUGGCAGGCUCGGGUGCUCCAGGAGUCCUGAGCAGCAGAGAGGCUGGAUGGCGGCCCCAACCAGCUUCUUGACCUCUUCCAACGGUUAAGCCGCACUGCAGGGCCGGAGCUCUGAGGGGCUGCCAACUAGGAGCCAUCCUUGGGCCUCUUUUGCAGUCAUAGCACGAUAGGGGAACACCUGCACCUCUCCCUCACGAGCUCACCUAAGGACUCACGCCUUCCUCCCAACCCGCCCCUCUGUACAAGCAUGCCGCUGGGAUCAUGUCCCCAAAGUCCUGUGACCACCAUCAUGGGGUGGAAUUUUGUAACCAGGCUAAUGAGCCCUGGAGAUUAUAGUGGAUGAUGGGGAGAUGUGUGUCCAGGGGAAGACCUGUUCCUUCUGAACCCUCAGACACUGUCUACCCCUCUGCAGGCUGGUGCAUAGCUAAUGACCAGCAGGUCUGCAGCAGUCAGGUCUGAGACGCCACAGUGUUUGUUUCCCCAGCCCCAAGGCCCUCCUAGGGGAUUUUGUUGAGAGCUGUGGGGACCUCCUUGGGGACCACCCUGCCGGCAAUGCAACACCUCUGCACCUGAGGAAGAGGUGAUAGGUUUUUGUGUCAUGAUUCCUUGGGACUCUAGCCAGAGCAGGGUCACUUGGACAUUGAGAGCCAUUAAUAAAGUGCUCACUGAAGA